CCGCUGCGGCUGCUGCCUCCCUCCGGUGCCGCGGCUGCCUGCCGGUGAGGUGAAGAGAGGUCGGGUCCGCUGUGCGCUGCCUGCCGCAGGGAGGCGGCCCGGCCCGGCGAGCCGAACCAAUGCUGGACCUGGAGGUGGUUCCUGAACGCUCUCUGGGGAACGAGCAAUGGGAAUUCACGCUGGGAAUGCCUCUGGCUCAGGCAGUAGCCAUUCUUCAGAAGCAUUGCCGCAUUAUCAAAAAUGUCCAGGUUCUCUACAGUGAGCAGUCUCCUUUAAGCCAUGACCUCAUCCUUAACCUGACUCAGGACGGGAUCAAACUACUGUUUGAUGCUUUCAAUCAGAGACUUAAGGUGAUUGAAGUAUAUGACUUGACUAAAGUUAAGUUAAAAUAUUGUGGAGUGCAUUUUAAUUCUCAGGCCAUAGCUCCUACCAUUGAGCAAAUUGACCAGUCUUUUGGCGCAACACAUCCUGGAGUGUACAACUCUGCUGAGCAGCUCUUCCACCUCAACUUCAGAGGACUGUCUUUCUCUUUUCAGUUAGACUCCUGGACCGAGGCUCCCAAGUAUGAGCCCAAUUUUGCCCACGGUCUAGCUUCUCUUCAGAUACCCCAUGGAGCAACUGUAAAACGCAUGUACAUCUAUAGUGGAAAUAGCCUGCAGGAUACCAAGGCUCCAGUGAUGCCUCUGAGCUGUUUCCUAGGAAAUGUAUAUGCUGAGAAUGUAGAUGUUCUUCGAGAUGGAACGGGACCCUCAGGGUUGCGACUUCGCCUACUUGCUGCAGGUUGUGGACCUGGCCUACUGGCAGAUGCCAAGAUGCGGGUAUUUGAGCGUUCAGUAUAUUUUGGUGAUUCCUGCCAAGAUGUUCUUAGCAUGCUUGGCUCUCCACAUAAGGUCUUCUAUAAAUCAGAAGACAAGAUGAAAAUCCAUUCUCCUUCCCCUCAUAAACAAGUUCCAUCUAAGUGCAAUGACUACUUUUAUAACUACUUCACUCUUGGAGUGGAUAUUCUCUUUGAUGCAAAUACACACAAAGUGAAGAAGUUUGUCCUACAUACCAAUUACCCUGGGCAUUAUAAUUUUAACAUUUACCACCGCUGUGAGUUCAAGAUCCCUCUAGCCAUAAAGAAAGAAAAUGCAGGUGGCCAGACUGAAACAUGCACAACCUACAGCAAGUGGGAUAACAUUCUGGAGCUCCUGGGCCACCCUGUGGAGAAACCUGUUGUCCUGCACAGGUCCUCCUCCCCAAACAAUACCAACCCAUUUGGCUCCACAUUCUGCUUUGGUCUUCAGCGAAUGAUCUUUGAGGUUAUGCAGAACAACCAUAUUGCCUCAGUGACCCUGUAUGGUCCCCCAAGGCCUGGUGCCUACCUGAGAACAGCAGAGCUCCCCUAAGGACAUCACCCAUGCCCCUCUGCCUGUGGAACUGUGCAUCACAUCCAGCUCAGUGGGUCUCUGUGCCACCCUGUGCCAGUGUUGAAAGGCUGUAGGAUGUUCGGAGGUGGGAUUUGGGCUGAAUGCUCUGCCAUAGGACAAGGGGCCCAGAUAUUCUGUCCGUCCUUAGCCUGCUGCAGCCAGCAGAGAACAUAGACUGAAAAGUGAAGCACAAAUGUGAGCUUUGAUGUCUGGACCCAGGGCCUCAACUAACAAGUGACAAGGCAGGCCAUACCAAUCCCUGUCCCACACACAUGGGAGAACUGGGGCUCUUUCCGUGAUUGAGAAUGCAGGCACCAGAUUAAAGGCAAAGUCCUGCCUUUGGCUCCACAUUGCCACAUCGCCCUAAAGAUAAGCAGGUAGUGUGUCCAUAGUACUUGGUUGCAACAUUUGCACUACAUCCACUUUAGUUACUUGAUGAGCUGGCUAUGGCCAGUGUGGCCCCUCUCGCCUUUCCUGUUCUUUUGUGCACAUGGCUUCCUGCCAAGUCCAGGAGACACACUCAAGUGGUUGAAAUACAGGCUUGUUUUGUUUUGUUUUGUUUUUUAGCAGAAAUGUGCUCAGGCCUGGCUCCCAGCUUUCUUGGUGGCAACUUUCAAGGUCACCUGUGUCCCUGCAUGGUCUAACCUGACUGGCAGGGCUGCAUGUUUUCAUCUUGUUUGCCUCUUUUAUUUAAUGCCAAAGUGUUAGCCAAAGACAUCUUCCUCCUCCUGUUGUGUUUUAGCAUUCUGUUCUGCACUGUGGGCCAGCUCCCUGUCCCGACGCUGAGCACUGUCUUCUGGCCUAGCCAUUUGGCUUAAGACCUCCAGAAGCUCAAGGAAGGCUGGGCUGCUUGGUUUCUUCAUGGGUCUUGCUAAUGGAAAGUAGCAUAUAUGUGCUUUAAAAAAUAUUAAUCCUUUUGAAAAGAAUUGAGAAGAGAAAUGUAUAAUUUUAUCUCAUUUUUAAUAUUUUGGUCUAGCAACUUGUGAUACAUAGAUGACAAUUUUGUGAGUUUUUCAAAUGUGUGUACAGACUUUUGUAAAUAUGACUCUUUUGUAAUUAACUCAUGUACAGCCUCAUCUUGUAUAGUUCAUGAUGAAUGUGCAGGGGACCUGCCCCAGGUGCCAGUAUGGUUCCUGAGACUGCAGCCAGGCCUUUGUGGCACUCCCAUGACUUUGUGACUGACUAGUGUCUUCCCAUUUGGAUCUUGGUCUGGCCAGAGACCCUGCACAUCCCACUGUCAGGGGUAGCCAGGACUGUUCCCAUCCUCUUGAAUUAGAGGAAACUUCCUCAUCCCCUGCCCACAUCUCCUUUCCAAUAAAGCACCUGUUGCCCUCAGCAACAGCAAACUA